UUGAUGGUUAGUCCGCGAUACUGGUCGUACAAUUGUCGACGAUAAAAUGUUCGAAACAAUAUUAAUUAGCGCGCUAUUAGGUUUAGUGUGUUUAAGUGUCUAUCAAAAAAUUAACAAUGCAGUGUAUAAAUCGAAAAAAAGACUCGAUGGAAAAACUGCCCUAGUCACUGGAGGGACGUCAGGGCUCGGUUUAAUUAUAGCCCAAGACUUCGCAAUACGAGGUGCAAAGGUUAUUAUUGCCUGCCCUUUCGAAGAUGAAGGAAUAAACGCCAGAAAAGAAAUAAUAGAGAAGUCUGGAAAUCAGAAUGUGGUAUAUAAAUACGUAGACUUAUCAUCCCUGAAGACUGUAAGGGAAUUUGCUAAGGAUAUCCUGAAAACGGAGGCUAGACUGGACAUUUUGGUGAACAACGCUGGUGUCGGGAUCCCCGGUGAUUUUAUGACAGAGGACGGUAUAAAUUUUAUACUGCAGGUUAAUUACUAUGCGCAUUUUCUGUUGACACUUCUACUCCUUCCAUUAAUGAGGCGAACUGGUACAGAAAAUGAUCCCGCAAGGAUAAUAAAUAUGUCCUCGCUCACCCAUAGAAUUGCAAGUUCACAUGUGGACGAUUAUAAUAGAACUGGUUACAGACUAAAGCUAACAAUUUAUGCUAACAGUAAGCUGUGUUUGGUUCUGUUUGCACGUGAAUUAGCACGACGCUUGGUUGGCAAAAAUGUAGUGAUAAAUUGUGCUGACCCAGGGUUCGCAGCGACAAGGAUUUACAAAAGCGGAAAUGAAUUACUUGGUCUUAUAGCAAUUGGUUUGAUUCUACUUUUCGCUAAGACUCCGUAUGAAGGGGCUCAAACAGCCAUAUACAUGGGAGUCGACGACGCCGGUACUGUGACUGGUGAAUAUUUUGCUAACUGCAGGCAAAUUAAGGCUCAUAUAAUGGCUUAUAAUGAAAGCAAUGUUAAGAAAUUAUGGGAGCAAUCGAUGAAGCUCGUACAACUCGAUAAUAAAGAUUUAGAUGAUCUUAUCGGGGCUUAAAAAACUUGUGUAUCUAUUCAAUGUUUAUUAAUACUGUUUGCGCGGAAAAAUUAUUUUAUGGUGCGGUAAUUGGUUAAAAGAAAUGAGAGCAUAUUGUAUGAACCUAUAUAGACGCAAGGUCUCUGAUCUGUGUCAAGUUCGAACACUUUUUACAUACUAUUACAUACAACUAGCUUUCCGCCCGCGACUUCGCCCGCGGAGUCAAAGGUAUAUAUAUAAAUGAUCUUCGUAUAUGCCUAGUGUAUUAUUAUGUUAAAAUAAAGAGUAUUUUUUAUGAA